ACAACGUCAGCAAUACAGAGAAGAGCAGGGACAGAGGCGGAGAGAUUCAGAGAGGGUGCCAAAGUGUGAUGAGUGAGGGCAAGUGAGAAAAUAACAGUUGUUUUUUUUGAAGGGUUUGAAUUUGAAUUUCAGAGGGAAAAACAAGAUAGGCUCGAAGAGGAAAGAGAGAGAGAGAGAGAGACUCACACGCUGAGGGGUGUGUCAUAGCAAUUUAGUUCCUCAAGGAAGUACAACUCAACAUUAUCUUAAGACAGGGUGGCAAGCAGUGACAGAAGCGCAGCAGGAGGGCUGUUUUUUUGUGUUUUGGUUCUGCUCAUAGUGGAGAUGAAGGGAUCUCAUUAAAUCAAGCGGCCUUUGCUGUCAACGUGAGACACAGAGCAGAGGGAGAGAGAGAUAUCUGACACAGACGAGGAGGGAGGGGGACUCAGCACCCACAGGCAACCAUGGACGGCUUCAGCUCCAAGGACAUGGCCUUAAAGGCACAGAAGAAGAUCCUCAGCAGCAUGGCCACCAAAAGUUCGGUGCAAAUGUUCAUUGACGACACCAGUAGUGAGAUCUUAGAUGAACUCUACCGCGUCUCCAAAGAGUACUCGGGUAAUAAAAGUGAGGCCCAAAAGGUUAUCAAAGACCUGGUCAAGAUUGCUGUGAAGAUUGGCCUGCUGUUCAGAAACAACCGAUUCAGCAAAGAAGAGCUGGGAGUGGCCCAAGAGUUUAAGAAGAAGCUGCACAUGGGGGCCAUGACAGCUAUCAGCUUCUAUGAGGUGGACUUUACCUUUGACAAGGCGGUGAUGGCAGAGCUCUUGACCGGCUGCAGGGAUCUGCUGCUGAAGCUGGUCAACACCCACCUGACCCCUAAAUCCCACGGUCGCAUCAACCAUGUCUUCAACCAUUACGCCGACCCAGAGCUCCUGACCAAACUGUACGAGCCCAGUGGCCCUUUCCGACCCAACCUCACCAAGAUCUGCAAAGGACUCAACAAACUGGUGGAGGACGGGACAAUAUGACACAGAAAUAAUAAAAGUAUCAGACAGACACUGGGAGAUUAACAGGCAGAUUCAUCUGAGACUCUGAAUUGUUGGACAGAAUUGGUCUUACUGCUGUUGAGGACUGGCACUGUAAGACUUGAUUUGAGAACAAAACUGUUGCCCCCAUAGUUCUCAAAGAACAUGUGGGAUAAUAAGUUGUUUGAGUCGAAUUCCUCAUGUUUUUAAUGUUUAGAGGUGGUAUAUACUGUACAAUUGUGAUGCACACUUGUCUACUAAGACAAAGAUCACAGAAACCAGACUUGAAUAUAAACUGGUUCAUGCUAUAUCAGAGAUUUUAUUAGUAUUUGAAAUGUCAUCCAAUGUUUAAUAUUUGAGACCUUGAAAUGUUUCACUUAUAACUACUGAUGUUAUAUACUCUGGAUAGGAGGAGUUUAAAAACAGCUGCACAGAAUGCAAAAAGAGAACAGACAGGGAACAAUGCUGUAAUACAAGACUGCCACCUGGUGGUCAAGAUGUGGCUUCAGCAGCUCAACGUACUGUAUCUGCUAAAGCAUCCAGAAGACAAUGCAGCUAUAACAAUAAAGCAAAUAACCCCACAGUGGACGAUUACUCGUA